GGAGGGCGCGGUGGACCCCGGGGGCGCGCGGGACCCCGGCCGGCCCACCAUGGCCGAAGUCAGCAUCGACCAGUCCAAGCUGCCCGGAGUGAAGGAAGUGUGCCGAGAUUUUGCUGUUCUAGAGGACCACACCCUGGCUCACAGCCUGCAGGAACAAGAGAUUGAGCAUCAUCUAGCAUCGAAUGUUCAGCGGAACCGUUUGGUCCAGCACGAUCUCCAGGUGGCUAAGCAGCUCCAAGAGGAAGAUCUGAAAGCCCAGGCUCAGCUCCAGAAGCGCUACAAAGAUCUUGAACAACAAGACUGUGAAAUUGCUCAGGAAAUUCAAGAGAAGCUGACUAUCGAGGCAGAGAGACGCCGCAUUCAGGAGAAGAAGGAUGAGGAUAUAGCUCGCUUUUUGCAAGAAAAGGAGUUACAGGAAGAAAAAAAGAGAAAGAAACACAUUCCAGAGUUCUCUGGAGCCAAAGUUUAUGGAGAUAAUUACUACUAUGAAGAUGGAGACCUACCAAGGUCAAGGAGGGCCAGGGAAUUGGGUUCUGGAUGCUCAAGAUCUCAUAGACCACAAAAUGAUGCACAAACUGUGAAGCAGAUGAAGGAGAAAGCAAGACAUCCACUAGAGGGCUUGGAAGAGCUGGAAGAACGUGGUUCAUCAGAGACAUCCCUGACAUCUGCUAAUUGGAGAAAAGUAAGGGAUGAUCCCCAAAUUACCAGGGAGCAGCACGAAAGGAAACGGUCUGGUCAAGAGAGGUUGCGGAGACCUCCUCUUCCCAGGAUUAGUGGUGAGGUGUUUCUGAGCUCUGGGUGUGAUGACUGCAAUGCUAACACUGGCCAUCAAACUCGGAAUCGAGAAAAGCAGUCCCGACACCAAGACCCACUUUCACCCAAGUCCUCACAGAAAUCGGGGCUUCACUACAAGGAAGCUGUAUAUGGGAGGGACCAUGGGCAAAGUGAGCACAGAGAAAGAAAACACAGGCCCAGGACUCCUCCCUUCUCAGAGAGAGAACUGUACCACCUCCAUGAUCCAGGAAUGAAGCCAAGAGUGAUGAAAGAAGCUAUCUCAACUCCAUCGCGAGGGACCCACAGGGAUCAGGAAUGGUAUGAUGCUGAGAUUGCUAGAAAACUGCAAGAAGAAGAACUUUUGGCUACCCAGGUGGAUAUGAGAGCUGCUCAAGUAGCCCAGGAUGAGGAAAUUGCUCGCCUUCUCAUGGCUGAAGAAAAGAAAGCUUAUAAAAAAGCCAAAGAUCGGGAGAGGUCCUCUUUGGACAAAAGAAAGCAUGACCCCGAAUCAAAGUCAAAAUCAGCUAAAUCAACACACCCAAAGUCGAAGGAGAGUGAUGAAUCUCAUCGUUCUAAGAAUGACAGGUCAGCAAGGCCACCCCCAGCUACUGUGACAGAAGCUGAGGGUCCAGAUUAUACUCACUUUACAAACCAGCACAAUUCUACUCGUCACUUCUCAAAAUCAGAGCCCUCUCAUAAAGGUUUCCAUUACAAGCAGUAAAAACCUAGGAGUCGGCCUUGAAAAUGGACUCACUGUAGCACAUAUCUGGAUGAUACAGAUUUUAUGCCACAUUAGUUUUUAUCCCCCUGUGUGUUUGCAUUCCUGGGAUUUAUUUUUUUUUUUUACUAUCAUUAAUUUCAAUUCCUGUCAAAAGAUUUUGCUAUUUCUGAUCACUUGGGCAGUAUAAGAAAAUGUAGCUUUUGGAUAUUGGCCACCACGAGGCUACAUGUAUAUUUCCUGGGAUAUAGUUUCCAAAUGCUCUGUAACAUGUUAUUUGUUUAGCAUGGAGUAUUGACACCUAGGGACUAGGCUUUAUGUAGCAGUUAGAAUUAAAGUAAAAGGUAACAGUUGGCUGCACCACAGAAUUAAAGAAUAUAAGAGGUAGCCCCUGGUGCAUUAGAUGUUUGGAAGGACAGAGCUUUUACUUUUUAUUCUCAGGAAAAUAAAAUAUUAUAACUAUGAAGUAUUUAAAAAAGAAACACUAGGGUCAUUUGAAAUUACUGUUCUGAAUACAUGGAACUAGUAGAGGUUUUGUAUAUUAAUAAGCACCACUGGGAAAAUUGGUCUGUAUUCUAUAUUUAACACGUACUGUGCUGUUGCAUCUGCAAUAGCAAGGCUUUCAGAAGACACCAAGCAAAGAACAUUAUUGCCAAAAAUUAUUUCACUGAAAUAUUAAUUUACACAUCUGCAAAAUCAACUGAAAAUUUAAAAAAACAAACAGUCUUUAUAUCUUUUGUUUAACAUUUACUUUUAGAAAGAGCUAAGGGAAGUGGAAUUAGAAGAUCAUUUCAAAAGAGAAGAUUCUGUAGAGUCUCUCUGGCUAUUGACUGAAGGUGGCCUCUUGCUUAAAAGAACAGUGUUUGAGUGGCGCUGUGGCUCAAGUGGUAGAGAGCUCGAGGGACAGUACCCAAGCCCACGACAGACCAAAAAAAAAAAAAAAGGAACAGUCUUGACAACUUCUCAAUAAUGUUUUAUGUCCCACCUAAUAAUUAGAAUAAUUCGUCAUGAAGUUGAACUUUAUGAAGUAGUUCUUUACUGAGUAUUUGGUCCUACACAGUGUAUUUUUUUUUUACAAGUGGUGCCCUCUCUUUUAGCAAUUUAGUGGGUAUGAUUGCAAACUCACAGACAUGUUUAUUUACCUAUACUCCUCUGUUAACAUACAUACAUGUCAAUCAAACCAUUAAUAAUUCUUUCAGCUUGACCUCCUGCUCUUUUUCACUGUAUGAAUCUGUCAUUUAUUUUGCAUAUCAAUAUGGCAUUUAUUUAGGAAAGAAAUAUAUGUGUCUAGAGAAAGAGUUGUUAAUUUUUCCUGUCCUGGGAACUGCCUUCUAUUUGCCUUAUUUUCCAGACCGUCUAUAAAUAUUGGGCAGAAUUCAGGGAAGGUAUUUCAAACAAAUUCUCAGAGUGGAUUUGGAUUUCUCAUUUUGAGAAAGAGCUUUCGUUUCAUAAAGUUUCUUUUUUAUUGUGGAGACUUAGGUAAAAGGCACCUGAGAGUUAUUUUGUAGGCAAAUGAUAAUCUGGAAAGAAAUGAAACCUUAAUUUGUGUGGUCAGUUUGAGAAAAUGGAGGAAAGGGAAAAGUAACAGGACUUAACCAGUUAUAAUGAAAUGAAUAUAGGAAAGUCUUCAUUUAAAGAAGGGAAGACAAAAUGAAGGCUGGUCUUAAGUCCAUAUCCAGGUUAGAGAUGUUAAUAUCCCAAGCACAGACUUGGUGACUUAAAGUAAUAGCUAUAUUUUUAUCUGCCCUGUGAUUUUUAUUCAUGCUUUAAAAUGGUAACUAAACUCAGAAAACACACUUGUAUUUUUAUUUGAUAAUUAGGCAAAUGGACAACAUUUCUUUGCCAUAUUUUUACUUUAUAAAUGUUUAUUUUUCUAUUUCAUAUAGUGAUCAGGUUUACUUUUGAAACAACAUUUUCUUGGCUCUUCAUGUACUUUAUUCAAUCAUAUUUAUUGUGAAAUGUCAGCUGGGCACACUUCAGUCAUAAAGAUAUUAGGGCAUCUACCACACCAGAGUUCUUAGGGUUCAGCUAUUAGUGAAUGACCACAUAUAGCAGUGCCCUUGUGACAGCCAAUUCAUUGUCAGUAUUGAAAACUUGUUACUUUUUGUUAUUUUUUUUUAAAGAUUAGGAUUUUGAAAUAUUUUAUCUUUAUUUUUUGUAAAGCAGACAGUUUUUUAAGAGGAUGAGUAAUUCACUAGAAAUCUGUAAUUCACUAGAAAUCUACUGUCAGCAUAUUCUCAUGCUAUUUCAUUCCAAUGUAAUAAUUAUCUUUGAAAUGGCAGAAACAACUAACAGUUGUGUUCUGAUGAACUGCCUAUCUUCACAAUGUUUCCUGCUUUUUACUUUGCAUUUACUUUGUCAUCAAUAUGGACACAUUUAUUGUUUUCCUAUUCCUGCUGUUGGAACACAGGCAACUUAAUUUUUAGGACCACAAUGUAUUAUGAGUUAUUUAUUAUACUAAUACCAAUAGCAGAAGUUCUUUCUGCUUCUAAGUUUCUGCUCUCUGGAAGCCAAGCCCUACCACCCAGUUAAGGGGCCUGGCUUUUAGAGCUACUUGACAUAUAUUCCCUCUCUUCCAGAACCUGGCCUUUUGUAAAUCAUUGCCUAGGCAAGAGAUCAGAUAAAAGUCAGCUUAAAUGUCUAACAUGAAAAAACAGAACAAAAAUCUCUGGUAAAAUUUUGAGGUUGAGUUUAAGCUAUUGUUAGAUGUAAUUAUUUUCCUGAGAGACUGGUUGGUUCCUCCACAUGCUCUAAAAUGAAUAUGUAUAGCACUGAAUUUUCUCAAUUUGACUUUACGAUGGCCUGCAGGACACUAAUGAAUUGCAACAUCAAAACAGUAACAAGAGCCAUGUGAUUCUGAUCACAGGGAAACAAACAUCUAAGUUAAAAAGAAAGAUGGAUAAGUGUUCCUAGAAGGAAACUAUUUUCAGAAUGGUGACCAUGAGUCUCGUGUUCCGUGAACUCUAGGAAAUUCUGGACCCAGCCACCUCUGCCUUUCCUUGUUCUGGCUGGAAACCUAACAAGCUGGUAACUAAAUUCAUUGCUGACGGUUUUCAUCUUUUUCAUAUACACAACAUGUCAGUAUAAAAAUGUAAUAGUAUUUUUAUAUUUGCUUUAGUCGAUAGUUAUUUUUAAUAGUGUCAUAUCUUCUCUAAAUUUGUCGUGCCAAAUUGCAGAUAGUUAUUAUUAUAAUAUGGUGCAUUGUUUACCACGUAAGUGGUUAGCAUUUUUUUAGGGCCUUGAUUUUUAAUGAAUGCUGCCUUU